UCGUUUAACGAGUCACUUACUUUCGACUUGACGAAUAAAUUCAUUUUCUUUCUCAAUCAUUGAGGACUUUCAAGUACUCGUUUUCAGUACCAGAAAUCCAUUUCAGGGAAAGCUCAAUCAAGCUUUGAAUUCCCCAAAUAAUUAUCUCUUUGAUCGAAAAAUUUGGGAUGUUCGCGAUUGUCCAGACAAUUGUCCAGGCCGUCUGCCUCCUGGUGUUGGUAUCACCUGUUCACAAUGAACAGUGCGAUCUUCCGGAAUGCUAUGCAGAGGCAAAGCGACUGAUGGAAUCGAUUAAUGACCGAGUUGAUGCCUGUGAAGACUUUGUGGAGUUUGCAUGCGGUAAACAGUUUCCGUUAUUCGAUAGAUUGAGUGAGUCCAAUAGAAUGGGUGUUGUUGCACCAACUAUUUAUCACCUUCGCCUUUGGGGUAUCAGGAAGAUAUUACGGGCUGUUUUGGAUGAACCCCUUGAUAACGCUGAUCACAGGGCCAUUAAACUCGCUAAGAUCUAUUGGAAAAAGUGUAAAAUCGUGAAUUCAAAAGAUGCUUUGGAGGGUGUGCGUUCACUAUUCAAACAACUGGGUGGAUGGCCAGCGAUAACCGAUGCCUGGAACGACAGCCACUUCAGUUGGAUGGAAUUCAGUAAAUGGUCACGACGUCUAGGAUUUUUGCCAGCCAUGUUCAUUCACGUUGGAGUCAACGUCGAUGACGUUCACCAGCCGUGGAAUCCAAACGACACAAUAAAACUUACGAUACAGAGACCGGUUCAUACCAGUCGUUUGGUAGACGAUAAUCUUGGAUAUUUGAGGAUUGCUAAAUUUCUUACUCAGUCGAGAAUCCCAGAGGCCAAAGAGAUUGAUGAUGCUUUCCAAUUUGGAAGAGAAUUUCAUAUGAUUUUUCAGCUCGAGUGCGGUGGCCAUGGAGCAGUUCACAUGACGGAAAUGUCGAUUAAGAUAUUGCAGGAGUUGUAUCCAAUCGUCGAUUGGAUGAAGUAUUUAACAGCAAUAUUGACAACUAAUCAGAGAAAGAAUCUGGCAUCGGCUGAUUUGAUUAUCGCUGACACCUGUUUCCUGACGUCAUUCAAUGAUCUAUUUAAAAGAACCAGCAAAAGGGUGCAAGCGAAUUAUGCUUUUUUAACACUGAUCGAUGACAUGUUUCGCCUCGUCAGACCAGAAUUGGCACUGGCAUUCGCUGAAAAUCAGCGGGAACGUGAAGAUAUUUGUUUCGACUCCACAGCCACUAUUUUUGCAAAGGCACUGGAUAUUGCAAUAGUAGAGAAGAUACCACCGGGUAUGAAGGCAAAAAUAUCUGAUAUGAAGCAUCGAAUUCGAGGUAAAACACUCACAUCCAUUCUGGCAAUUCCGUGGAUGGAUUACGAAACCAAGAUGCCUAUAGUUAACCAAAUGGAUGGCUCACCCUUCGUAAUUCUUGCUCCAGACGGCAUCCUCGAUGAUAAAUACUUCAACAGGUUGGAAUUGCUCCAAACGGACGCAAUUCAGACGUACUUUAUUCAGAUCAAUGGUUUUCUCGUUGAUCAUUAUUAUCUACAGGCUGGACGGCCGCGGAAUGAAUAUGAAAUUCAUGGACGCAAUGGAGAGAGCAUAAGUUUCUUGGAUAUAUUUUCACCGAAUGAUCUUCUUAUCAAACCUGAUAGCUUGGGGAAACAAAUCUAUGUUCCAGCGGCGUCGAUAUUGACCCGAAAAAUUCUAUUAUCGAAAGAACUGGAGUUUCUCAAUUACGCAACAGUGGGACGAGAAAUAGCAACAGCUCUGGGUAUCAGCAUUUAUAAAAAGAACUGGUUUUCAAGUAUUGACUCAAUGAAGAACCCUUUGCCGUCAAAAUCAAUGCUGAAUCACUUCACAAGUCUUGAAUCGUGUUACACGAUGGCAUUCACACAGGCUGGACUUGAAAUGCAUUCAGCUGUUCUCAUGUUUUCCCUCAUCGGUGCUGCAGAGCUCACAUACAAAAUAAUAUUUGAUGAUUGCCAAUUCGAUGACUGUGGAGUAACACUUCCAAAUUUCAAUUACACGCCUCAACAAAUAUUUUGGAUGCACGCAAUCACCUCUGACUGCGACCGUGAUCUGAAAUACAGAUACAACACAAUGUUAUCGAAUAAUGAGGCAUUCGUCAGGGACUUUAAUUGUCAGUUUGGAUCCAAAAUGAAUAGCCGCAACAAGUGUAAAAUCUUCACUUGAAUAAUACUCACGGAAAAGUUGAAAAAAUCUAUGAAAAAAAUGGUAUUCAUUACUUAGUAUGAAAUAUUUUACCUUGUUCCCUUUAAAUUGCAACGUUAAUGGAACACCAGGAAUUUGAAU